UAUAAAUAACAUGUAUUGUGAUCUCUAUAUGCUUAGUCAUCGUAUUUAGUUUAGAUUUCCUUAUGUACUAUUUAUAGGUAAAAUGGCAAAAAAUUCUGAUAAUUUAUGAUUAUAACUUUUCUAUCCAAUUAGUUGUUUAUAUUCCAGAAUUUUAUUUUUUAAUUUAUUAAAUUUGAUAACAAAAAUGAAUUAUUAUAAUGAAUAUUCAUAAGAUAAUUUUGAUCUACACAACAAAAACUAUUCCCCUAAAUAAUUCAAUUUAAAUCCUAAACAAAAUUAGUUUUCAUUCGAUGAGUAAGAAAUCAAUAAUUUCAACACUGAGAGGUCAAACUUUCAAAUUGAGUUAGAAUCCCCGAGGUCAAUAGAUCCCUUCAAUUUUGAAAGAACGACUAGAGAAAGGGCCUCUAAUUUGAUGUCAAAAUUUAUAUUCCCACAGGAACCCCAAGAACAGCAAGCCCCGAUAGAACCCUUGGUAUAGCAAAUCAAAAAGCAACCAAUAAGAUAGAAAAUUCGUAAGUCCUCCUAAGUGAAAACUCUAGGUAAGAAUUUCCCUAAACAAAUGGGUAAAUACUUGAUGAAACAUUUGAGAAACCAAUGUCCAUGUAAAAUCCCAAAAGGAAUUCAAGGAUUAUAAGAAAAAGCGGAGUUAAUGAAGUAAAAUGGUAAAAAGGAAGUGAGUUUUGCUAUUUAAGACUACAAAGUUGCUGCUAGUUCAGAUUUUUAGAGUUAAAUAUACUUGAUGGAUUUUGUAAAGAAUAAAUUACCUAUUUACUUAAUUAAUAGUCGAAUGAUUGAAGAUCCUACCAAACUUUAUUAAUUUAUUCAUAAUACCUAUGUUGGAAUAUGCAAUCCAACAAAAUGGUUAGGAAACUAUCAAACCGAAUCAAAUGUGUGAUUUAUUAAGGCU